AUGUCGGCCCCCGUAUCCCCCGCCCGCCGUGCGCGGGGACAGGUGACUGCACUGGCAAAAGUCACUCCCAAACUCAUCUACUACCGGGACGAAACGGCUCAAAAACUAAUUGCCGGGAUCAAUGCCGUGGCCGACGUGGUGAAAUCCACCCUGGGCCCCAGGGGCCGCAACGUGGUCCUGAUGCGCGACGUCGGCUACCCGGAGGUGAUCAACGAUGGCGUCACCAUCGCCCGCGACAUCAAUCUGCCCGAUCCGGCCAUGCACGUGGGGGCAAAGUUGAUCAAAGCCGUGGCCAGCAAGAGCGACAGCAUUGCAGGCGACGGUACCACCACUUCGACGCUCAUGACCCAAGUCUUGAUCAACAAGGGGCCAACGCCAUCGGCAUCUGGCGAGGGAUGA